GUCAACAUCUUGUCGUUAGGUUUAUGUUCAUGUGUGAUGUAGAUAUAAAUCUAGAAUCUAGAUUUAGAUUUUACAUCUAGAUUCUAGAUCUAGUAGAGUCUAGAUGAUAAAAUCUAGAUUAGGUACAAGAUUAUUAUAGAUCUAUUCUUCUAGAUCUAACCUACAGAGUAUGAAAUCUAUGAGUCACAUUUUUGUAAAUUCUUCAAAAACAACUCAAAAGAGUAUUUAGCUUCUACUUUUCCCAUAUCUUCUGAGACUGUGUGCAAGGACAAUCUCAUAUUUUACACCCACUUUUUAACCAUUUAUCAUUGCUAAUCUAAAACAGUUAAGCCUCUACAAGCAAGCAACAUUUACUAUUUAACUUAAAAAAUGUUAAUGCAGGCAAGAAAAAAUUGACAGGAGGCCUUCAAGAGAGAAUUAUUAAAUCUGCGCUAAAGACUUUUUGCUAUCUGCACAGUUUCCAGCUCUGUUGAUGGAUCGCUCUGUGAUAUAAAUAUUCAGUGAAUUUUUUGGCAUGGAUGUUUCAACAAGUGCAGUUUUCUCAGAGAUAGAAUCUGGAAAGAUUACAGUAGAUGUUAUUCUCCCUGCUGCUGGCUCCAGUGAGCGGAUGAAGUUACCUGUUAGUAAACAGUUUCUUCAAGUUCAAGGGAAACACAUUGUAGCUUAUACUGUAGAUUCAUUUCACAGGUUACCAUGGAUACGGCAUAUUGUUGUCACAGUGGAUUCAGCUCAUAUUGAAUUCACUCAAAAAUUAAUGUCCAACUAUGGUUUCAACAGAGUUAUUGUUUGUGCAGGUGGCAGCACUAGGCAUAGAUCCAUAUUUUCUGGUGUGAAUGCUCUCAGAAAGUUGCCAGAUUACACUGAGUCUGGCCUUGUUAUUAUCCAUGACUCAGCAAGACCAUUGGUACCAGCUGAUAUUAUUUUAAAAGUUGCUGAAGCAGCUCAACUCCAUGGGGCUGCAGGAGUUACAAGACCUUUAGUUUCUACUGUCAUUAAAGGUGAUGCUAGUCAUAUGCUUACAGAGUCUCUGGACAGAAGACAUUAUAGAAAUAGUGAGAUGCCUCAGGCCUUCAGAUAUAAUGUUAUAGCUUCAGCUUAUGAAAAGUGCACUCAGGAUGAUUUUGAUUUUGGAACAGAAUGUUUAUUACUUGCUUUAAAAUAUUCCAAGUGUCCAGCAUUUUUAGUUGAAGGAACAGAAGAUCUAUGGAAAGUAACUUAUCAAAAAGAUUUGUUUUUGUUGGAUUCAGUGCUUAAAGCUAAAAACUCUAUUGUGUCUGUGUGGAGUGUUUUAAAAGAUAAUCCUGUAUCACUGGAGGAGAUAUGGAGUGAAUUAAACAGCAAGUUGAUACAGAAGACAGAAGGAGAUGGUGCUGCAAACACAUUUGUAAUUUUACUUGAUCCAUUAGAAACUUUGCAUUUGGACGACUUAACUUUCAGGAUAUCAAAUCAGCUCAGAAGUCUACCACAUUCUUCUGUAAACCUGAGACCACUUUUGUUGUUGAUAUUUGUAUCAAAUGAAAUUGUCCAAGAGAGACCUGGACUUGAAUUUGACAACUCCUGUCUUCAAGAUGGAGAGAUUUCCCAAUCUAGUCAGCUGAUACACAAGCAUUUAGUCAGUAGUGAUGUGACUAUUUCCUCACAGUGCAGUAGCCUUGGUGUUCAGUUCACAGCAGAGAAAUUGGAUAGGUCUCACUGCCCUGACCUAACACUUGAUUCCCAUGUCAGCCAUGUACAGUUCAUGCAUCUCUGUUUAAAUGUGCUCCAGCAAGUCAAAGUGAAGCUUAAGACUAAAGAGUCAGUGGAUUUCAUCACCACUGGUGUUAUCAGUAAGAUUACCUCCCUUGCAGUGAAUGAGAUGGUGGAACUAAUUUCCUUGCGUAGCUCUUGUUUGGAUAAUCAAGUUCUUUCAUAUUUGUAAUCUUGAUUAAUGUUGGCGUCAUUAAAAAACUAUUGACAAGGCCUAUACUUAUAUGUUAUAGGUCUGCAACUGGGUUUGCAUAGCCAUGUGAAACACUGCACUUAAUCUUCGGGAUUGAAGAAAUUGCCUCUAUAAGUAAAAAGAUUUUUUUAGGAAGUUUACUUCCUAUCACUGCUUUAUGAAGUUCAAACAUAUUGUACUAUUUAUUUUAUUAUUUUUAUGAUUAACUUUUAAGUACAUUUAACAUUCCGUCAUACAUAGUAAUUUAAUCAUAAAAAGUUUUUUUCAUCAAAUUCUGUUGAGCAUUUAUAAUUUAUUUAUUUACUCAGUAAGAAUGCUUAAUAUUGAAUGUGCUAACUAGCCAAUAUAGAUCUUAGACAUUCUUUCAUUAUCAUAAAACCUUCAAAACAUUGUGUUCGGUUAAACAGCUUCUAAAUCUGAAAAAAUAAAAUAGAACUCUAAUCUUGUUUUUGGACUGGAAAAAGCAGAUUUUAAAAACACUGCUUAUUAUAAUCAACAUGGAUUGAUAAUACUUUUCAAAAUAAUUUUUUUACAGAGCUUAUAUCAACUUGCUCUGUCUGUCUCAUCAAAAUCUUGUACACUUUGUUGAUGACUACAAAUAAUUCAAUUAAAAAAAUAACCGAUGUAAUCAAUUAGUCAUAAUUAAUUCAUUUUGUUUUAUAUAGAAAAAGUAUUAAAUUUGCAACUGGCCUCUGUGACAAUAUAGAGAAUUAGAUCAAUAACAAUAGACAAAUAAUACCUUCUAUUUUUAAGAGUACUUAAAUAUCUCAGUGGCCAAACAGGUUGGCCUUUCAUAGUGGAGGCUCAAGUUUGAAUUCAAACUCAAGCAACUUCCUUUUCUUUUUACCUAGCUUAUAACAAAGCAUGGAUAUGUAAGAUAGCAGAGGUGUUAAAGUUGCAAUCCAGGAGAGUAAACUUUGUGUACAGAUUUCAGUAAGCCUUUUUCAACAAGAUCCAUCCAGAAUAACCACUGACAAAUUCUAAUAGUGCUCUCAGAUUACAGUACAUUAUUGAUUGAAAAUAAUUGAUGCAAUUUCACUCAAUAUAAACUUUUAAUUUUAAAAAAAGUAUUUUUUAUAUUUAAUUUGUUUAAAAUGUUAACUUCCUGUAUGUAGUAAUGUACAACAGAGAAUUGAGAAUGUGCUUAACACACCAAUGUGUUUGAUUGCUAAAUAUUUUACACAAGUAUUAGUCCAUUAGUGUUUUUCUUCUUAAACAAUUUUGGAAUAAAAACCAUUUGAAUUUUUUAAAAUGGUUGAGUCAAUUUUACAAUUUGGCUAUGAAUAUGUACCUCUAAGCUUUGAGUUUAUGAAUCUCCAAUACUGUUGUGUUAUACACUUUUAUAUAAUGUAAACCAUAUAUAU